CAGAAUGUCCUUCAGAGCUCAUGUGCCCCUGCCCGUCUUCAUCUCAUCAUGUCGCAGAAACAUGGCGACUUGACCACGGUGAUCCCGCCGACAGACCUGCAAGCCCCUCAGCAGCGUGCGAUAUUCGAGCAUGUCUUUCGCAGACUGGCAUCGCACAGGAACAAAGCCGAAAUCUACGCCACAAACGAGUGUUUUCUCUCUGCCAGAGACAGGGAUGUCAUGGAGACCAUCAGAGAGGCCCAUGUGACCGAACUGAACCGGUGGGCGCAGGAGUUGCUGGUUCACACGUGGACUGCGUGUCAGGAGCCGGGCGGAGGGCAAUGUCCGACGCUAGAUGCGCUCGCUGAUACGUCUACCAUCGGUCUACCGGCGCUGCCGGAUGAAAGGCACAUCAACCAAGUCUUACAAACCGUUCUCUUUCUCCAUUUGACCGCGGCCAAGGCGUACCAUGCGCAUACUCGGACCUUCAUAUCCUAUUUCGUGCACGUGGACGAAGAUGCUGUCGCCGCUACACUCAAGAACCCGGAGCGCGCGGUGAAAGAGGCGGAGCGGAAGACGAAGACGCAGCGCGCCAAGGAGCAGCACGCCGCGCGCAACAAGACCCUCCGUAGAGUCGGCAUGGGCGUGGCGGCUGUCGGAGGCGGUGUCCUCAUCGGCAUCACAGGGGGCCUCGCCGCGCCUCUGGUCGGCGCCGGCGUCACCACGGUGCUUGGAUGGCUCGGUGUCGGAGGCACCGCCGCGGGCCUGCUGGCGAGCGGGCUUGCAGGCUCCUCCGUCGUGUGCGGAGCGCUCUUUGGCGCGUAUGGCUCGAAAAAGUCCGCAGAGACGGUCGGACGGUUCACGAAGGAGGUCCAGGACCUGGCUAUUAUCCCCGUGUCGCAACCUCGGGAGACUCUCGCGGUCCGGCUGUGCGUCAGCGGCUGGCUGGACUCGCCCGAAGAUGUCACCGCGCCCUGGACAGUCCUGGACGGCGACGACACUUUUGCGCUGCGGUGGGCACGUCUGUCUUACACAUCUCCACGAGACGUCUCCCUGACAUCUUUUGCGCAGGAGGUCGAAGCGCUGACGCAGCUCUCCGACGCCCUUACAGCGCUGGUAAAAACUGAAGCGAUGCGCUAUGUUCAGGCCCAGAUAAUCAAACGAACAGUCUUCGCCGCUCUGUUCGCAGCGCUUUCGCCCGCAGUGUGGGUCAAGAUCUUGCGAGUCAUCGACAACCCCUGGAUGUCCGCAAAAUCGCUCGCUGCCAAGGCGGGGCGCGUGCUCGGAACGCUGCUGGCGCAGCGCGUUCUCGGCAGCCGCCCGGUCACUCUUGUGGGCUACUCCCUCGGGUCGCUGGUGAUAUUCGAGGCCCUCCAACACCUCGCGAAAUUCUCGCCAUCCGAAACGCAGGUCGCAGGCCUGGUCCAGGACGUCUAUUUGUUUGGAGCGCCGGUGCCCGCCGACGAAGGCGCGUGGGCUGCAGCGAGGCGAGUCGUCUCCGGACGCCUCAUCAACGGCUAUGCGACGCGGGACUACAUCCUGGCGGUCCUAGCUCGGGCGUCACACAUGAGCUGGGGCAUGGCUGGAUUGCAGCCGGUACAAGUGCAAGGCGUCGAAAACGUCGACUUCACCGAAGAAGUGGACGGUCAUUUGAAAUGGUGCGCCAUGGUCGGGCGAUGUCUGCAACUUUGUGAUGCGCCGGGGGUUGUAGACUUGGAGGUUAAGGCGCAGCUGGAGCGCCGGGCACGGAAGAUCACAGCGACUACAGAAAUGAGUCAAAGCGACGCUGAGAAAAUUAUCGAGGCUGGCCCGGGUGACGAGCCGAAGAUGCCUCCUGAGAACCUGAGUCGCGUCAAGUAGGGAUUGAACAUUGUUUCACGGAUAAUUCAUGAUAGAAAUGCAUCAGUAGCACAUAUUGUAUGUACUUAUCAAGAAGUCCACUGUGCUAAAGUCCGAGCGUAAAAGCAGAUACAAGGUCUGUAAACAGGAAAGUCGCGGCAACGAAACACACACGAUGAAACAUCUAGAAUAGUGAUCUCAACAGCGACGACAAGCUUGAUAGAUUGAUACCCGCCGACUUGAGCAAUUGCUGCAAAAGGAUG